CGUCAUACGGCAAGUUUAGCAACUCUGACGUGAGAAACUACUUCCGGUCUGGUUCCUGCUCUAACUAUAUACCCGCGUGUAAUGCCCGACCCCCAUAUACCGCACAUUGAAUGCGAAGAUGAAAAGAAAAUGGCUAGAAAAAGUAAAGAAAGUUGAAGAACUGGCAGUGCAAUAUAAAAGACAUCCAAUCAGCUUACCAUAUAAACCCAAACUUGGCAAGCCAUGGCAACCUACUUCUAUUUGGAAGCUCUUUCCUCGCUUGGCUCUAGCAUUUAAUUAUGCAAAAACCUGCAAAGAGGAUGUGCAUGUUUUUGCCCUGGAGACAGUUAUUGGUGAUACUGAGCGAAGGCUUUACCUUGUGACAACCUACACAGAGUUUUGGUUUUAUUAUGUAAAACACCGGAAUAGCCUGGCUCACUGUUAUGAAGUAAUUCCUGCUGAUGCUGUUUGCAAACUGUACUUUGAUUUAGAGUUUUAUAUACCAACAAAUCCCAGUGCAAAUGGGGAAAAAAUGGUAGCCCUAGUGAUUGAGUUCUUCAUUAAAAAACUGCAAGAAAUAUACAACAUUAAAUGUUCUGCUGAUUGUGUGUUAAACCUGGAUUCCAGUACUGAAGACAAAUUUAGUCGCCAUUUAAUAUUUGUUCUGCCCAACACAGCAUUCAAAGAUAACAUUCAUGUUGGCAACUUCGUAAAAAGUGCCUUGCAACCAGUGUUAUUGUCAGCUGAACUCCAGUUCUGUAAAGCGAAUUCAGUAUGCGGAGAUACCGAUUCAACUUUGACCACAAAGAGAGCUACACCCAGUGAUAACAUUGGAGAUAUUGUUAAUGCGAUCCAGCAAACAGAAGAGGAGUCUGCUCUUUCCUCACUAAUAGUAAGAGAUAAAAACGGCAGGAAACAGCUCUUCAUUGAUCUAGGAGUUUACACUAAGAACAGAAAUUUCCGUUUAUAUAAAUCAUCUAAAUUGGGGAAGAAUGUGUUUUUCGAGAUUGCGAAGGACAACACGUUUACUAGCAAGCCGGGGAAAUACGUCAGUGAAGAGGAACACGUUUUUCUUUGCUCCUUAAUUAGCAAUAUCAGAUUUUCAGAUUCUUUACAAGUUUUAACAUGUGCCAGCAGUGAAACUGAGAAGAGCUCACCUGUGUGUUUUAGAAGUGGAAAUAGCAGUCCCUCAGACAUCAUUUUAAAAGGAUAUCGGUUUUCACCAUACCCGGAAAUUGAUUAUUUUAUCCUGUCACUUGUAACACAAGACGGCUUUAAAGGAAAUAUACGGACUUGGAAUUAUUUCUUUCUGGAGGAAUUGCUUGUUUAUGAUGUUAUUAAUUACCGCUUGUGUGAAAACAUAGGCCGACCCCACAAAAGUAAUAAUGUUAUGCUUCUGGUAGACUUGAAGAAUGAAGUUUGGUAUCAAAAGUGCCACGACCCGGUUUGCAGAGCUCAACAUUUCAGGUCCAACUAUUAUCCUUUGCCUCCUGACGUUUGCUUGCCUUCACUUUUUAAAGAGGAAAAGGAAGAUUCCUUCUUCACAAUGGAUGAAAAUGGGAAUAUCAAGGAAACCAUGCUAAACAUGCCUCUCAGUGAGGGACAGCUCUUAGAACAACAUACUAUUCCCAAAGCAGAAGAAAGCGAGAGUGACUGGGGAAAUGGAAUAGAUGACGCUGUUCUCUUGCAAGCCACAGAAGAUGUAGAGUUGGCAGAUGCUCUAGAUCUUAGCCUAAUAGACUGUAGUCUUGUAAACACAGAAAUACCAGACAUGCUUUUAUUAGAAGCUUUAGAUGAGCUUGACACAACCGUAAAGAAAUAAAUGGCCCAACCCUAUAAGUGGAAACGAGCAGUACCUUGCACUAUCUGUAAGGAGGAAUUGUUUAUUACACAUCUAUAUCACUGCAUCUACAGAAAAA